CUCUUCCAGUCUCGGGAGACAGCUCAGCAUCAGCAGGAGCAGCAUGUUUUGCUCAGCUCAGAGAGGGUCCUGCUCCUCCCAAGUCUCCUCCUCCUCCUCCGGGGCCGUGGGCAGCAGGGUGUACGAUGCUGGAUACACCUUCAGCAGUGGAAGCAGCUGUGGGCUCGGGGGAGGGUCUUCCUGGGGCUUCCAGGGAAGCAGCAGCAGCUGUGGCCUGAGUGGGGUGUCUAAAGGUGGCUUUGGAAGUGGCAUUGGAGGGGGCUUUGGUGGCUGCUCGGUAAGGGGCUCUGGCUUGGUUGGAGGUUCUGGCUUUGGUGGAGGUUCUGGCUUUCAUGGGGGCUCUGGCUUGGUUGGAGGUUCUGGCUUUGGUGGAGGUUCUGGCUUUCAUGGGGGCUCUGGCUUUGGUGGAGGCUCUAGCUUUGGUGGAGGUUCUGGCUUUGGUGGGAACUCUAGUGCAGGCUUCUCUAGCUAUGGAGGUAGUUUGGGAGGUGGCCUUGGUGGCAUCGGUGGCAGUGAGGGGGGCCUUCUCUCUGGAAGUGAAAAGCAAACCAUGCAGAACCUCAAUGACCGUCUGGCCACCUACCUAGACAAGGUGCGAGCCCUGGAGGAGGCCAACACUGACCUGGAGACUAAAAUCAAGGAGUGGUACGACAAGCAUGGGUCUGGAAAAGGUGAAUCUGGAAGAGACUACAGCAAAUACUGGCCGAUCAUAGAAGAUCUGAAGAACCAGGUCAUUUCAGCCACCACUGAAAAUGCCAGGAUGUCUCUGCAGAUCGACAAUGCUAGACUGGCUGUUGAUGACUUCAGGGUGAAGUACGAGCAUGAGCUGUGCCUCCGGGAGAGCAUAGAGGCCGAUAUCAAUGGCCUUAGGAAGGUGCUGGAUGACCUUACCAUGACUCGCUCUGACCUGGAGAUGCAGAUCGAGUAUUACACCAAAGAGCUGGUCCUCCUCAGGAAGAACCACGAGGAGGAAAUGAAAUGCAUGCAGGGAAGCUCUGGAGGGGAUGUGACAGUAGAAAUGAAUGCUGCCCCAGGAACCGACCUGACCAAACUCCUGAAUGACAUGAGGGCACAGUACGAGGCGCUGGCCGAGCAGAACCGCCAGGAAGCCGAGAAACAGUUCAAUGAGCGGAGUGCAUCCCUGCAAGCCCAAAUCUCAACAGAUGCAGGGGAAGCCAAUUCUGCCAAGAAUGAGGUAAUGGAACUGAGGCGUUCCGUGCAAGCCCUGGAAAUCGAGCUUCAAACCCAGCUGGCCCUGAAAUGUUCUCUGGAAGGGACCCUGGCUGACACAGAAGCUGGCUACAUGUCUCGACUGUCUGGAAUCCAGACACAGAUCAGCAGCCUGGAGGAGCAGCUCAGCCAGAUUCGCGGUGAGACACAAUGCCAGAAUGCAGAGUACGAAUGCCUGCUGAACAUCAAGACACGCCUGGAGGAGGAGAUCGAGACCUACCGUCGCCUGCUCAAUGGAGAGGGAGGUGGAUGUGAUUAUAGAAACUUAGUAUCCAGACAUGUGGCGUUGGAUGACUCAAGAUCCGGGAGCUGUUCUGGCCAAGGAAAAGAUCCCAGCAAGACAAGAGUGACGAAGACCAUCAUAGAGGAGGUGGUAGAUGGCGUAGUUGUCUCCUCUCAAGUCAGCAACAUUUCUGAAGUGAGAAUAAAAUAAGCAGUUUCCAGACCAGCAGGGGCGUCUGUCAAAGGAAACCACUGAGAGGGGAGGCACUGAAGAGCUAUACCAUCCUGACGCACUCCCGAGAAAACCUGCCGUCCAAAAUUAGCUCACCAGCCCAUUUCCUGCAUCCCCUUAUUUCCUUUAAAAAGUAGAAAGGAGAAAUUGGCUCCGACUAGUCCUGUGCUUCAAUAAAUUUACUUCUACAAGCUAA